AAAACAAUUCGGAAAAGUAUCCGAUGUUAGAUCCUAAGGCUGUCAAUCUUUUUGGUGAAAGUUUGUUUCAUGUAGUUGCAAAGGCAAAAAAUAAUUCCACUACUUUAGACGUUACAAUAAUGCUAUGUGAAAAGGGAGUUAAUUCAAACAUAAAAGAUCACGAAGGAAAAUUGCCUGUAGAAUACUUAAAAAGUGAUAAAGAUAAAAGAUUACAGUAUUUCCGUUUAGCUUCUAAGGGUACACAAUUAGAGAGGGAUAGCAAUGAUAAAGAUGACAAUGAUGAUCAUAAGAAAGAUCAGAGUUGUACCAGAAAGAAGUCGAAAUCUGAAGUGCGAGUGCAUGACGUACCGUUGAAGAAAGAGAAACUGAUGGAGGAAAUCAGACGAAUGAUUGAAAGUUUACAAGAUAUAAGCAUGUAUUUUGAAGAAGAUAUGAAGAAAAAGAGGAACAAACACGAUUCAAUUUCAAAAGAGCAAGAAUGCAGUUCACAUAAUCAAAUUGAGACUAAGGAAUCUCUGGGUUCUGGAAUAGUAUUGGAUAAUAUUUUGGAUGAAGAAACGAAAUUGCAAAUUGAUCCACAUUUUUUUGAAAGCCAUGAAUGGGAAAUUGAAUGCACUCAUGAAGUUUGGAGUAAAUUGCUUAACCCAGCUUUGUCACAGCACUGGAAGAUAGAUAUCAUCAAAAAACUACAAAACCUAGCUCGUGGUGAAUUUUUUUUCAAUUGUUGUCGAAAAAUAGGCAUUUCAAAUGUAAAUGCAGAAAUAGAAAUACACGAGUCAACUCCUAUUUUAUGGGAAAUAGCUGUCUGCUUUUCAUCGAAACUCUCAGCAAUCGAUGAUAAUUGCAGGAGUGUAUAUACAGAGAUCAUACGAGUUUGGGAUAUUGUUGAAAAUCAGGAGAAAAAAGAAGAAGCACUAAGAAGAAUAUCAGAAUCUAUUUCAAGGGGAGAAGAAUGUGUUGUUAAAAAAUACGUCAACUGCUCCAAAAUGCUUCAUCAGAAGUUUGCAAAAGGAAAACGAAUUCCAAGAAAAUAUUUUGAAUGCUCUUUGGAUACAGAAGGAGUACAAAAACUAAUAUUUCCCGCAAGUCAUGUUGUCACAGAAUAUCAUAUUCUUAAAUUCUACUUAUUUACAACCGAUAUGGCAUUAUCUGCCUUACAGAAUAUGGAUUGUAAAAAAGAUUUUCCAUUCAAAGUAACAGAAACGGAACAUUCUGUUAUUAAUAUAAAUUCCAGAAGACCAGUUUUGUUGUUAGGGAGGAGUGGGACAGGAAAAACUACAUGUUGCCUUUAUAGACUCUGGAAUCGAUUUGAUCGUCACUGGAGAAAGGAAGUCGAACAAAAAAAAUAUGAGGGAAACCAAAAUGAAGAGAUUGCUGAAGAAAAUAUUGAAUACACCAAUUUACAACAAAUGUUCAUCACCAAGAAUCUAGUUCUAUGCAAUGAAGUUCAAAAAUGUUUUCGUGAAUUAAGGAAUGCUAGUGAAAUAGGAUCAAAAAUAGUGCCAAGAGAUUACCAUCCUCUACCAGCAAAGUUCCAGGACCUUCAGAACGACCAGUUUCCAGUUUUUACAACAUCGAGGAGGCUUUUACUUACGUUGGAUGCAUCUCUUCCAGAUCCAUUUUUUAAACGUGAUUCAUCUGGGAAUAUAUUGGUGGACGUGCCUGGAUGGACAAAUGAGGACGAUUCACUCAGUUUUCUUCACCAAUUUGAAGAUAAUUCUGAAAGUGAGAGUGAUGAUUCAUCCGACGAAGAUGGACAUCCAAACACAAAUAAUGAUGCAGUUGAAUAUGAAAAGAAGCCUGACAUUAGAAAAGAAGUAAACUAUAGCAUAUUUUCCAAUGUAGUUUGGCCAAGAAUAAACAAAUGCAAUGAACAUUACCAUCCAUCUCUUAUUUGGACAGAAAUUAUAUCAUUCAUUAAAGGAUCUUACGAGGCUUUGUUCACUAAAUUGGGCUAUCUCAGCAAAGAAGAAUACAUUGAACAUGGAAGGAAAAAGGCCCCUAAUUUUACAGGGGAACGAGAGACUAUUUACGAAAUAUUCUUAAAAUAUAAACAUUACUUGAAACAGCACUGUUUAUUUGAUGAAACGGAUGUUGUCCGAAAUAUUUUCAACAGGAUGGGACAUUUCAGAAAAGAUGAGUGGAAGAUUCAAGAAAUAUACGUGGAUGAGACACAAGAUUUUACUCAAGCUGAACUUUAUUUGCUAUUGAAUAUUUGUCAAAACCCAAAUGAUAUGUUUUUGACAGGUGACACAGCUCAAAGUAUAAUGAGAGGAAUCUCUUUCCGUUUCAAAGACCUCCGUUCUCUUUUCUAUCAUGCAAAGAAAUCUCAAGAGCCAUUUACAGACAUCCAAAUUCCAGAAAAGAUCCACCAACUUACACACAACUAUCGAUCUCAUACCGGAAUACUAUGGCUAGCAUCCAGCAUUCUUGAUAUUCUCGUGAAAUACUUUCCAGAAUCCUUUGACCCUCUGCAGAAAGACCAAGGAUUAUUUCAAGGACCAGCUCCAAUUCUACUAGAAUCGUGUGAUGUGAGUGAUUUAGCUGUAAUUUUAAAAGGGAAGAAACAAUCGACAUCUCGCAUAGAAUUCGGAGCUCAUCAGGCAGUUCUUGUCGUAAAUGAUGAAGCGAGAGAUAAUUUGCCUGAUGAAUUGCAGCAGGGCAUUGUUCUUACGAUAUAUGAAGCGAAGGGUCUAGAAUUUGAUGACAUCCUUUUGUAUAAUUUUUUCAAGGACUCACAGGCUGAAAAAGAAUGGAGAAUUGUUACCAACUUCUUAGAAAAUAUAAGAAUCUCAGAAACUAACAAAACAACGACAGGAAAAGAAAAUGAUAGUCUUUAUGAAAUAGAUUACAGUGUUCUUGAAGAGGAAGGGCGUCCAAGACCAUUGUCUUUUGAUCCAAAUCGGCACAAAGUUCUUAAUUCUGAACUUAAACAUUUAUACACGGCAGUUACAAGAGCUAGGGUUCAUGUUUGGAUCUUUGAUGAAAACGAGAAUAAACGGGCACCAAUGUUUGAAUAUUUUAAAGCUAGAAAGCUUGUGCAAGCAGUGAAAGACAAUGAGGGUAGUGGAGAUCUGAUGUUUGCUGAGGAAUCAAGCAUAGGCGACUGGCUAAAUCGUGGCGACGAAUUUAUGAAAAAGUCUCUCUACGAUGUUGCUGCAAAGUGCUUCCGCCUUGGAGGUGAUCCAACGAUGGAAAAAAUUGCCAAAAGUCACCAAAAAGCAUUAAUUGCAUCGCGCAUGCAAGGAAAUUCAGCACAAAUAAAAGAGACUUUUCUAUCUGCGGCACAUGACUUCCUCGAAUGUGAAGUCCCAUCUAUGGCGGGAAGGUGUUUGGAGUUUGCGAAAGAAUUUUCCUCAGCUGCAAAACUCUAUGAAAAGACAAAUCAGUUUGAGAAGGCGGCAGAAAUAUACAAGAAGAUGCACUUACCUGUGGAGGGAAGCAGGUGUCUCGAGCUAGCAGGAAAAUAUAAGCAGGCAAUUAGUCUACUCUGUGACGCUGAACUCUUUGAAUUUGCAAUUCAUUGCCUAAAAAGGUUUCGAAUUGUAAAGAAGGAAUAUGAUGAAAGAAAUGAACAACUUCCAAAGCGUCUUCUAGAAAACCCUCCAACUGAAUAUCAAACAGAAAUCCAGUUGAGCUACAAAGCGGCAGACUUUUAUCACAAGCAUGGCAAAAUAGACAAAAUGAUGUCCUUCCUUCAGCAGCUUCCUGAUUUAGAUGAAAAAGUAGAAUUUUUAGCAUUGCGAGAUCGCACUGAACAGGUAAUUUCCAUCAUAAAAUUAUCUGGUAUGCUUGAAUUUUUUGUGAAAAAAGAUUAGUAAAUUAAACAUACCACAAAGACUAUCAACUCGCAUAUUUUAGUUUUAGUGUGGUCAUUAUUUUUAUUGGUUAGAGGAAAAAAACUGGUUUCUGGGGAUACAUUUUAAAGAGGUCGAUGAUACACUCGAUCUUCAUAUU